AGGCAAAACAUAGUUCUUUCGAUGCGAUUUUCUCUAAUAUUGUUUCUAAUGCUCAUGAUGGGCACAAAGAAGCUAAAAGUCUCUACUUUUUACACAACCGCAAUCUGGGUCAUUGUAGUUUCGAGCUUCUGGCUAAACAUGGUUCAGUGCCAAGGCUUGGGUGGCAAUGGUCGAGUAGAAGACGAUUCUGUUCAAGGUGUAGCACAGAUUCUUGACAAUAUUUUCAAACUCAGUUUAAUUAUCAAUAAGGAGAUCAGCCAGCAGUCCAAUUUCUGCAUUAAGGACCCGAUUGCUGAUUGGAAUAACGCAUUUAAUUUUUCUUCCAAAUCGGAUUUCUUGACUUCGUGUGUUAAAAAAUAUCCAGAUGCCGCAGAGCGCUUUUGCUCGGUAGCAGAGGUGAAAGCCUACUUCAAUAGUUUCUUUGGAGGAUCAGGGAAUGUCAAGUAUAUGAAAGUGAAACCAAACAAUAACUGUAAUUCAAUCUCAUGGCCAAGGGGCUGUGAGCCAGGAUGGGCUUGUAGUCUUGACCCAAAUGGGCAGUUUGACCCUCUCGAUUUGCAGAAAAUUCCUUCAAGAGCUAACAACUGUGAUGCUUGUUGUGAAGGCUUUUUCUGUCCUCAGGGUCUUGCAUGCAUGAUACCUUGCCCAUUGGGUUCCUAUUGCCCACUCGCAACUCUGAACAUGACUACUGGAACAUGUGAUCCAUACAAUUACCAGCUGCCUCCCGGACAGCAUUGUGGAGGAGCAAAUUUAUGGGCUGAUGUUGGUAGCAGCCCUGAGAUGUUUUGUUCAGCAGGAUCAUAUUGCCCAACAACAGUCCAGAAUAUAACUUGUGAUACUGGACAUUACUGCCAGAUGGGUUCUACAUCUAAGAAACGCUGCUUCAGGUUAACUGCUUGCAAUCCAAACACUGCAAAUCAGAAUAUGCAUGCUUAUGGAAUUAUGCUUGUAGCUGCCACAGGUACUCUGCUACUCAUUAUUUAUAACUGUUCUGACCAAGUUCUUGCUGCACGGGAAAGAAGACUGGCUAAAGCCAGGGAAGCAGCAGCAAGAAGUGCAAGGGGUACAGAAAAAGCACAUCAAAGAUGGAAAGCUGCAAAAGAUGCUGCUAUAAAGCAUGCACAUGGAUUGCAAACUCAUUUAUCACACAAAUUUUCUCGUAGAAAUCCCAGCAAACAUCACGAGAAACUUAAGAUUUUGGAUCAAAUAGAUGGUGAAACAGAUUAUGAUAUAUAUACAAAUACUCUAUAUACAAAUACUCUAUAUACUAGUACUUCAAUUGAGUCUCAGUCCUCAUCUGAAACAUCAGAAGGAAGGCAAAUGGAACCUGGUGGUCUGAUGAAGCCGUUGGAUGAUAUUGAAGGGGACCCUAAAAACCAUGAAGCUUUCAAUCUUGAAAUUGGAGUGACAAAAGUGGACAAGCACAUGCCCAAGGGGAAAAAAAUAAGGACUGAUAGCCAAAUUUUCAAAUAUGCAUAUGUUCAGCUUGAGAAAGAGAAAGCACUGCAGCAGGAGAACAAAAAUCUUACCUUCUCAGGGGUAGUUUCCUUGGCUACUAAUCCUCAAACCAGGGAAAGGCCUCUAAUUGAGGUUUCUUUUAAAGAUCUUACUGUCACUUUGAAAGCUAAUGGCAAGCAUCUUUUGAGGAAUGUAACUGGGAAAUUUGAACCAGGACGGAUCACUGCUGUCAUGGGUCCAUCCGGAGCUGGAAAAACAACAUUUAUUUCUGCUUUGGCAGGAAAGGCAAUGGGAUGCAAGAUGACUGGUUCAAUUCUUAUAAAUGGAAAGCAUGAAUCAAUCCACUCAUAUAAGAAGAUAAUUGGUUUUGUUCCACAAGAUGACAUUGUGCAUGGAAACUUGACGGUGGAAGAGAAUCUUUGGUUUAAUGCUAAAUGCAGACUCUCUGCAGGUUUGUCAAAGCCUGAUAAAGUUCUAAUUGUUGAAAGAGUUAUUGAGUCACUGGGGCUUCAGAUGGUGAGGGAUUCUUUGGUUGGAACAGUAGAGAAGCGAGGUAUCUCUGGAGGCCAAAGGAAGCGAGUAAAUGUUGGGUUGGAAAUGGUCAUGGAGCCUUCACUUUUGAUCUUAGAUGAACCUACAUCUGGUCUGGACAGUGCAUCCUCUCUGCUUCUGCUUAGAGCACUUAGACAUGAAGCUCGUGAAGGGGUAAACAUCAGCAUGGUGGUUCAUCAACCAAGCUAUGCCUUGUUCCAAAUGUUUGAUGAUUUGGUACUUCUGGCAAAAGGUGGUCUCACCGUUUACCAUGGCUCAGCAAAGGAAGCUGAAGAAUACUUUGGCAGCCUUGGGAUCAAUGUCCCAGAACGUGUAAACCCUCCAGACCACUUUAUUGACAUUUUGGAGGGUAUAGCGGAACCAAGUACAAGCUCAGGGGUGGACCAUAAAGAGCUUCCUGUCAGAUGGAUGCUUCACAAUGGAUACCCAGUGCCCCCAGAUAUGCGGCAGAGUGCUAACAGGCUUGCUAUCCCUGCAGUUGGUGUAGAUCCAGAGCAUGGGACAAAUCUUAGUGGUGCAGAAGAAAGAUCUUUAGUUGGAGAGUUAUGGCAGGAUGUUAGGGAAAAUAUGGAGUUUUAUUGGGAUAAAAUUAGGUAUAAUUUCUCAAAGUUCAAAGACUUGUCAAAUAGGAGAACUCCGGGUGUAUUCCACCAGUACAGAUACUUUCUUGGGAGGGUUACUAAGCAGAGAAUAAGGGAAGCUAAGUUACAGGCAGUAGAUUAUCUGAUCCUAUUGCUUGCUGGAGCGUGCUUAGGAUCACUGCCAACAAUGACUGAUCAAAACUUUGGGUCUGUCAGUUAUGGUUAUACCAUUAUUGCAGUAUCACUUCUAUCUCAGAUUGCAGCUUUAAGAACAUUUUCACUGGAUAAAUUACAGUACUUGAGAGAGAGUUCAUCUGGCAUGAACAGCUUGGCUUACUUUUUGGCCAAAGAUACAGUUGACCACUUUAACACAGUGAUCAAGCCAGUGGUGUAUCUCUCUAUGUUCUAUUUCUUCACAAACCCAAGAUCCUCCUUUACUGAUAAUUAUGUUGUGUUGCUAAGCCUGGUGUACUGUGUCACUGGCAUAGCCUACAUAUUAUCCAUUUUCUUCCAACCAGGUCCAGCUCAGCUGUGGUCUGUUCUUCUUCCCGUUGUUCUCACUCUUGUUGCGACUCAGACAAACCAGGGUGAAAUUUUGAAGAAAAUAUCUAAUUUGUGCUACCCUAAGUGGGCUUUGGAAGCUCUUGUGGUUGCAAAUGCAGAAAGGUACUAUGGAGUGUGGUUGAUUACACGUUGUGGAGUUCUUAAGAAGACUGGCUAUGAUCUACAUGCGUGGACUCAUUGUAUAUUGCUCCUCAUCUAUGCUGGUUUAGUUAGCCGAGGAAUAGCAUUUCUUGGUAUGAUCACGCUAAAAAGGAAGUAAGCUUGUGCAUGUCUGACAUUUUAUCUUCAUCUACAAAAGCAGCAUCCUGCAGCUCUGGAAGCUCGUAGUUGUAAAAUUCAACAAACCAGGAAAAUCUCUUGUGGUGAGCCGAAUCAUGUUGAGUCUCUAUGACAUGAUAGUGAAUGACACAACCUUUUAUUUAGGCUUGGUUGACACUUGGGCUUUACGGCUCAUUCUCUUCCAAGAGUACUCCUCUUAACUUAGGAGCCACAUAGUUGUAUGUAUCAUUUUUGUUUUAGAUUUUAGUGAAGAUUCUUGAAUGAGAGAAGCAACAUACGGAAUGGAAAUGGGAUUUUCAUCAUGAUGCAAUUUUAAAGUUCUCUCUUAUACCAACUACAUUUUUUAUACCUCGUCAAAAAUGUGCGAGAAUCACACAUCUUGGAAUUUGAAUGUAUAAAGACAGUGGCACUGU